CGCGCCAAUUGAUCUGCUGCUUUGUUGUGAUUCACAGUGAGGCUGAGAACCUAGAAUCCGAAAACAACCAUCCGUACAAUCUGUCUCAUCGCUUGCUUCUGGCACCUCCAACUGGAUACUUUGGGGGAUAUUUGCACACUUGGAUAACUACUUUAUUCUGUUUUGAACUUAUUUCGGAUGUUGCAACAUGGAUGGAUCUUUAUUUUGUGAUUGAUGUGUACCCCUACUCGGAAGUUGACAACUUACACAAGAUUGCCCAGGGACCGGACUGACCUUAAAAUUAUUUUGGAAAGUGUUAAAAAUGCCACGAAAACAGACACUAGUUACGAAGCAGGCGUACCCUGUUGUUGUAAAACAAGAACCUGGCGUAGAAGCCAAAUCACCGCAAAUUAUGAACUUGACGAGUAUUUAUAAACAUCCAUCGAGUGCUAACAAGAUGCUGGCUUCUGGAGAUUUGGGACUUUACUCGACAGUGAAAGUUGAGGCUGGUUAUACACCACAAGGACCCAAUUACAGCCCCUCCCCAAUGAAACCCUCAUUAAUACGACCACAGGCAAAGAGGAAGCUGGAGCUGGAACCCGAUGGCAUGAGACUGGAAGGUUUCAAGACCCCCAAGAGUUGCAAGCGAAGAGGCAGAUACCCAUCAGAGUCAAGUCCUCGUGCUCGCACUGCUCGGUCUCCUCUGGAGAAGACUCGCUAUGAUACGUCGCUUGGUCUGCUCACAAAGAAGUUUGUAGGGUUAUUACGAACUGCUCCUGAUGGUGUUGUAGAUUUGAACAAGGCCGCAGAGGAACUAGAAGUACAGAAAAGAAGAAUAUACGAUAUAACAAACGUCUUAGAGGGAAUUAACUUGAUACAGAAAAAAUCUAAAAAUAAUAUUCAAUGGAAAGGUGCUACUAAUUCUAUUGCGGCUUCCAAGGGGCUGCCUAUGAUAACUACAGAUGUUGUUGACCUACAUUCAGAUGUUGCAGAUUUGGAAGCUAAAGAAAAUAUGCUUGAUGAUUUAAUAGCCAACUCAACAAGACAGCUGAAAAAUAUGACGGAAGAUGCUGACAAUGCUCGGUUAGCGUAUGUGACGUACCAGGACAUACGGAAUCUCCGGUCUCUAGAUGAACAAACUGUGAUUGCCAUUAAAGCGCCACCAGAGACCCGGUUAGAGGUGCCGGAUCCACAACAAAGUAUACAGAUCUGGUUGAAGAGUCAGAAGGGCCCAAUCGAAGUGUUCCUGUGUCCUGAGGAGAUCACUGACAUGGACAAUAGCAACGACAGCUGCCCCAGCGACAGCGGCGGCACUACCGAGAGCACCUCAAGUGAUAUUGGCAGUGCAAAGAAGAGUGUUAGUGUAGGGAGCUGUGGGGAGGAGAGCUGCUUCUCGGAAGAUUCGGUAUCCUGUGAUAGUUUUAAAGGUCAGCCUAAAUUAAAGAAUGCUCUGCUGGAGGAAGAAGACCUGUCCCCCGACUGUAAUCAGAGCCUGUUACUGCAGACCGAAGACCAGAACUUUGACUCACCGUUCGUCCACCUGGAACCCCCUCUCGACGUGGACGACUACAUGUUUGGUCUGACGGACUGCGAGGGCAUCUCCGAUCUUUUCGAUGCCUAUGAUAUCACGCUAGCAGUAUAGUUGUCUGUUUAGGAAUGCUGUACAGGAGAGACACACUGUCAUUCUGCAAUCUUUUUGUAAUUUGUGUUUUCUUUUCUUUUUUUAACAAAUUCAAGAAAUCCUAAUAUUGAGGUUUAAUUGCUUCAACGGUAUAUGAUUUUGUUAAGGAUGUUUCCUAUGUUUGAGUGGAACUUUUUGAAUUGCUAUGAUAUAUAGUCAAACUUUGUUGAAACCUCGUUAACUUAAUACAUUGUUUUAAGACAAUGUAAUGUUAUUGUCCGGAGAGAAACCUCAUCACCAAAAUGUUCUAAUAUAGGUGCUCUUGACCCUUCUGACUGUCUUCAUAACCAGAGUGAACAAGGUUUUGCUGAAGAUACCUUGUACCAGCUUAACUAUAAAGCUCUCAUAUGCUGUUGAUGUACAUUACGUAGUUGUGUAGCUUGAAGUAUUUUUUUCCCCUCUCCUGCAGAGCAUUCUAAACAGAGGCGUGGCUAGUUAGACUUGACCAUGCUAGUAAUUGAUGUUAGCAUGAUGUGUUGUGUAGAUGUGUGGCUUUUUCUGUGUGAAUGGCAGGCCAGGUUUGUGGAGAAGAGAUACUCAUUUUGAAUUUGUGAACUGCUAGUUACUGAGUGAGCAUUGAAUGUUUCUUCAUUUAAGCACUGCAUGUAAUGUUUUGAAAAGCUUCCUGUUUCUUUUCGUCAGAAGUAUUUACAAUAUAAUGGGUAGUAUUGUCGAUAAAUCAUGAAUAAGCUUGUACCCCCGGUAUCAUGAUCUGAUUAAUAUGCAAAUAAGGCACCCUAGCAGAAAUUGUUUUUGAUCUCUGUACAUGAAUUCAAUGUC